AAUCAAACAAAACACAUAAAAGAAGACAGAAAAUGUUUGAAACGCGAACAUUCAGCCACGCCUUUUUUUAAAACAAUCUGGAAUUUAACGUCUCUCUCUCGUUACAUUCCUGGAAUACUGUCUUGGACAUUAUUUUUCUUUGAUUCUUUCCCUUGUCCCCUUUUUUUCUUUUGUCUUCUCUCUUUGGAUUCCCAUAAACCACUGCAAAAGAGGCUCAAUUCCUUUUCCUUUCUUUCUUAUCAAACACCAUAAUCAUGAUAGUAAAGGAUGCUGAGCAGGUUACCCUAGAAGUAAAAAGUCUUGAAAACACCACCAACGGCAACAAAAAGCAGUCUUGGCCUUUGAAUGGUGAGAUUUUGCAUACCCAGAUGGAUAAUUGGGAUAAAGACUCUCCUUUGAAUAGUUCCAAUGAUGGGAUCAGCGUCUGCAACUCUUUUCCUCUAGAAAGCAUCUGCGUGGAUCGAGUGACUCUGGAGAGGAAACAAAAUCUGUUAACAAAUUUCAUCCCUGUCCUUCAGUCAGGAGAAUGGUCUGACAUUGGCGGUCGGCCUUAUAUGGAGGAUACCCACAUUUGUAUUAGUGACUUGGGAAAGAAAUUUGGUUACAAUUUACUUAAUGAGGAGUCUAUUUCUUUCUAUGGUGUAUUUGAUGGCCAUGGCGGAAAGAGUGCAGCACAAUUUGUAUGUGACCAUUUGCCAAGGGUCAUUGUUGAGGAUGCAGAUUUCCCAUUAGAACUUGAGAAAGUGAUCACAAGGUCAUUCAUUAAGACGGACACUGCUUUGGCGGACACUUGCUCCGUUGAGUCUGCCUUCUCUUCUGGAACAACAGCGCUCACUGCAAUGAUAUUUGGGAGGUCAUUGCUUGUGGCAAAUGCUGGUGAUUGCCGGGCAGUAUUGUCUCGACGUGGAACAGCUAUAGAAAUGUCGAAGGACCACAGGCCUUCCUGUGUCAAGGAAAGGACACGGAUCGAGGCCCUGGGAGGAUACGUUGAAGAUGGUUAUUUGAAUGGCCUGUUAGGUGUUACGCGAGCAUUAGGCGAUUGGCACCUCGAAGGGAUGAAGAUAAAGGGCGAAAUGGUUGGCCCUCUGAUCGCUGAACCUGAACUUAAAUUAGUAACACUAACCAAGGAAGAUGAGUUUUUGAUAAUUGGAAGUGAUGGAAUAUGGGAUGUAUUUUCCAGCCAAAAUUCAGUAUCAUUUGCUCGAAGAAGACUUCAAGAGCACAAUGAUGUGAAACUAUGUUGCAAAGAAAUGGUAGACGAAGCAAUAAAACGUGGGGCGUCGGACAACUUGACAGUCGUCAUGAUAAGCUUUCACUUGGAGCCACCACCACAAGGAGCCGUACAGAGGGCAAGAAUAAGGCGGAGCAUUUCUGCCGAGGGACUUCAGUCUCUCAAAUGUCUGUUACAAGGAUAAUACUCAAAUGUUAAGUUCAUUUUUUCCCCUCCUGUAGAGUAAAACUAGUCAAUAAUGGCAAAUAGCUUCACUAGCUUUUACUCUGCAGUUUUGUGUAUGUAUAUAAAUCCCUCCGGAAACAGAACUGAAAUUUUUUCCUGCCAUUGAUCAUUGUUGCUUCAUUCAGUCAACGAAAGUACAGAUGAAUAAGAAUAGAAAGGUUGAAGAA